AUAAUAAACAAGAAAAAGGAAAGAGCAAGAGGAGAAGAACCAGAUCUUUGCCCUGUGGCGGUCCCGUUGAAAAGCGCAGCCUUUCAUGAGAAGAUGUGGUUAUGGGUCCCACUCUUCAGUGUUUGAAAAACCUAAAAUGUUAUGGAGCAUAUCUUUCAACUUGAUUGAUUUUAUGAAUGAAAUUAUGAAUAUUUAUUUUUUAUAAGAAUCCACAGAUUCCAAAGGCCAACGGCAACCCUUCGUUUCCCUUCCACUUCUCCUCCCUGUCGCUCUUUCCUCAGCUUAUCAUCUAUCCUACCCCUCAUCUCUUUCCACUUCCAUUCACACAUUCAUACACCUCUGCUUUCUCUUUCAUUCACAACUAAAUCUAUUUUGCUUUCUUCAUUUCCUUUUUCUCAAGAUCCAUUUCGUGUUGCCCCUCCUCAGAUUUUGGAAUUUCGUUCAUUCAUGGAUGAGCUUUUUCAUUUCUUCGGACUACGAGUUUACAACGGUUCGUGCUAACCCUCUUCGUUUUUAACUUUAUUCUCAAUCCGGCUUCGUCAAAUUCUGCAGCUUCUCUGAGAAACGAAAAGGAAGACUCCAUCUUUUUGCCUUCUCAACAAUACAUUCUUUUUCGCGUACGCCGCAUCUGGGUAUCGAUAAGAUCGAUCUGUUCUUUGGAAUAUUUAAUCUGAUUGUUCUCUCGUGAUUCUCGACCCGGCUGAAUUCUGUGGGAUUCGUGUGGUCUGUCAAUGGGCGCGUUGGAUGAGGGGCAUUUCAACGCGGAGCUCGAGAAUGGAGUGAAACCUGGAUGCGUUGAGCUUGGUUUUGAGGACGAACCAGAGACCAUAGCUAUUAAGGAUGCUGUGAAAGUUCUUUUACAAGGUUUAGGCGAGGAUGUCAACAGAGAAGGUCUCAAGAAAACCCCUCUUCGCGUUGCCAAAGCACUACGGGAAGGAACAAGAGGUUACAGACAAAAGGUGAAGGACAUUGUUCAAGGUGCUUUAUUCCCUGAGGCAGGGUUAGAUAGUGGAACUGGCUAUGCAGGAGGAGCAGGAGGCCUUGUGGUUGUCCGAGAUCUGGACCUUUUCUCCUAUUGUGAGUCUUGUCUGCUUCCUUUCCAGGUAAAGUGUCAUAUAGGUUAUGUACCUUCUGGUCAGCGGGUUGUGGGAUUAAGCAAGGUUUCCAGGGUGGCCGAUGUGUUUGCAAAAAGACUACAAGACCCACAGCGCUUUGCAAAUGAAGUGUGUUCAGCUCUUCACCAUUCUGUCAGACCGGCAGGAGUUGCUGUAGUACUUCAAUGUUUGCAUUUACAGUUUCCAAACAUAGAAUCAGUGUUUCUCGACUCAAACCAUCAUGGAUGGGUAAAGGUACUGGUUUCUUCAGGUUCAGGGGUUUUCGAAGAAAAAAAUGCCAAUAUUUGGGAUGAUUUUUUGAGUCUUUUGAAGUUCAGAGGCAUAGAUGUGGACAAAAUUCAUACGACAGAUUCUAACAGACAGUGUUGGUGCCCUUCCCAGUUGUCGGCAGCUGCUAAACUCUCCUCCAUGCUUGGAACGCCUAACCCUGCUAUGGAUGCUGCUGUUGCUUCAAUUCUGAGAUCAGUGGGUGAAGAUCCACUAAGGGAAGAGCUUGUUGGGACUCCUAGUCGUUUCUUAAAGUGGUUGAUGAACUUUCAGAACACUAAUUUGGAGAUGAAACUAAAUGGCUUUGCGUGCAAUAAAAUGAAUCUUGUGAAAACCAAUGGUGAAAUCUGCCACAGCAAUGAACAAAUAUAUUCUGAGCUGAACCUGUCCUUCUGGUCACAAUGCGAGCAUCAUUUGCUUCCUUUUCAUGGUGUUGUGCAUAUUGGGUAUUUCUGUGCUGAAGGACUUAAUACCUUUGGAAAAUCUCUUCUACAGUCAAUAGUACAUUUCUAUGGUUUCAAGCUCCAAGUACAGGAAAGGCUAACCAGGCAGAUCGCUGAGACUGCUUCUUCGCUUUUAGGUGGUGAUGUGAUGGUAGUUGUGGAGGCCAGCCACACCUGUAUGAUCUCUAGGGGGAUAGAAAAGUUCGGAAGUAAUACAGCAACCAUUGCAGUCCUGGGUCGAUUUUCAACAGAUGCUGCUGCAAGGGCCAAGUUUCUAGAGAGCAUUCCAAAAAGUACUACUUAAAAACAGGAAUGGUAGUAAAUGUCAAGCUAGUCUUCUUUCUGUUGAAGGAAAUCAUUCUUUUUGCCUUUUUUUGGUGGUUAUUUCAGACUGCAAAGAUGCAGGGAUAACAGGGAUGAGUUCUACAAGUUAAAACAAGCCCAUAACCCAGCCUUUUGGAUAUUGCUGGAGUUAUCUACAUAGGGACGUGGCAGAUUCAUCUUUAACUUUCGGACAUUGCUGGAGUUAGGAUGCGGUAGAUUCAUGUUAACUGGGAAUGGUACCAGAAUUGAUGAUUUGGAGUUCUUUUUUUUCCCUCCCUUAAUUAUUUUACUCUGUAGCGUAAAAACUUUGAGAGAAAAUUUCACGAGCAGCCAUCAUCUGCAUGAUUACGAUACUGUUUUGUAACUUCUUUUACAUUGGCUCUAUAGAUUCAUGAGCAAUUGUCAAAACAUUGGUGAUACCAGUUACCAGAUGGAGAAAUAAGAUAUAGAUCAUUUUUAGAUUUCAUGUUAUA